GUACCCGGAAUAGGCAAUAACCAACUCACGUCUGUCAUCGGAUUUGCCUACGCUCACGAAGCUCGACGCUGCCCCCUCGCUCAAGACUGCAAGAUGAAGGACGUUCUCAAGACCGAGGAGCUCGACAUUCCCGAGGGGGUUGAGGUCUCCAUCAAGGCCCGCCAGAUCACCGUUACGGGUCCCCGGGGAACGUUGACGAAGAACGUCCGCCACAUCGACAUGGACAUCCGGUUGUUCAAGAGCAAGACCAACAAGGUCACCCUGGCGGUAUGGCAAGGUGGCAGGAAACACGUUGCAUGCCUCCGUACGAUUAAAAGCUUGAUCGUCAACUUGAUCACCGGUGUCACGAAGGGCUUCCAGUAUAAGAUGCGCUCAGUGUAUGCCCACUUCCCCAUCAACUGUAUCAUUCAGGACAACGGAAACGCUGUUGAAAUUCGUAACUUCUUGGGGGAGAAGAUCGUACGGCAUGUCAACAUGCUGGAUGGUGUCACCGUCCAGGAAUCGAAGUCGCAGAAGGAUGAGCUUAUCCUUGAGGGCAACGAUAUUCAAAACGUCUCGCAGUCAGCUGCAUCCAUCCAGGGCAUCUGCCGUGUACGGAACAAGGAUAUCCGUAAAUUCCUGGACGGUAUCUACGUUUCGGAGCGGGGUACGAUCUCCCAGGAGUAGACUCCCUUUUUUGCAUCAUCACACGGGUGUCAGUUGAGUCGUCGGCCAAAACUCGCAUGUUUACUGUAUUUGCUAUGACCAAUAUGACUUCGCCAUGCUACUGAGACAAUGUCAUCGAAAUGCAAGCUCGAGGCAGUAAACCAUGCGAAAUGUCAAUGGUAUACAUGUGGGACAAAGGUCAGGGUAUCAAUGGGAUCUUCGUGCCAACCCUCUUGCGAUACUGUAUGUAGUCGUCGCCGAAGAAGCGAAUGAGGUAGCCUUCCUCAGCUGGACCGUACGCGGUCAAUAAUAUUGCAUAUUCGUGAGGAACUUGUGCGGACAUACCACGUAUACGCUGCGCGAAGAAUCUCCAUAGCACGACCAAGAACCCAAGGAAGGAUACCGGGUUCUGCAAGACGAGUUGUGUCCCGAGUGCCCAGUAGAGGAAACCAGCAUACGAUGGGUGACGGAACCAUCUCGUAGACGAUGUCCGUCAAUAAAGAGAACAGGUCCGGCGAGC